GUCCUCCCACGAUAGAGCCGCCCAUCCACCCAUCUACCCAUACAUUCUCCUGAAACUAGCAAUCACUCUUCACCGAAAACAUGCCCACGCUCUUCCUCACGGGAGCCUCCGGCUUCGUAGGCUUCCAGAUCCUCCUGCAAUACCUCCGCACCACGCCAGAAGAUCACCUCGUUCGCGCUGCCCUUCGAUCUCAGCGCGAAGCCACUCGCCUCCGCGCCAUACCGGCCUUGCAACCCCACCUCUCUCGGGUGUCGUUCGUUGAAGUGCCAGAUAUCGCUGCCCCAGAUGCCUACGACGCCCACAUCGCCUGUCAUCCAGAUACCGACGGAGAAGAACGAACGGCAGGAGAAGAGCAAGGCGGAGGAGCAGGGGGAGUAAAAGAAGAGGCACAAGUCCCCGACGUGAUCAUCCAUGCCGCCAGUCCCGUGCCUUGCCCCACCCAGAACCCGUACAAGGACAUCUACGUCCCUUCCGUCCGCGCGGUCGAGAACAUCCUCUCUUCGGUGCGCAAGGCCAUCCUCCUGCAACAGAAGGGGAAGAAGCCGCCCGGGGAAAGGAAGCCGCGCAAGGUGGUGUUCACGUCCAGCCUCGCCGCCGUCACGCCUCACGCACCCCCCGCCGGGACCCACGAAGAGGAAGAAACAGACCCAGAGGAAAAGGGAACCGGAACCAAGACAUCGGCGUGGAGGAUCGUCCACAUAUCCGAGACGAGCAGCACCCCCGCCGAGCCGGCGGAUCUCCAGUCGCUCCGUCCUGCCGCGAUGUACUCGGCCGCGAAAGCUAAAGGGUUAGCCCUGGUCGAAUCCUUCUGCGAAACAACCUUUGCCGAGACGGGGGACAUGGGCACGGGCAUCGACGUUGACGCCGUGCUCCCCGCCUUUGUAUUCGGCCCGGACGAGCGAGCAACAACCCGCGGACAGGUCAUGGGCUCGUCCAACGCCCUGCUCCUAGGUCCCCUUUUCACAGGCGACGCGGCCGGGGGCGCGCCGAUGCCCAUCGCCGGGACGGUGGUGGACAUCCGGGACGUGGCCCAAUGUCACGUAAAACUCGCCCUGGGACGUCCUGGCCUUGGCCGAGGACGUGAGCCAAGGGAGGAGGACCGUCGCUGGGCUACGCCCGGGCCAAGGCUGAACAAGUUCCUCUGCGCAAGGGAUGCCGACUGGAACGCGUUGCUCCGGCACGCCAGGGCCAUCGCGCAGGAGAAGGGGCUUGUCGUUGCCCCGACGCCCAGAGGGGAAGCUGAGGGGGAGCAGCCGGAAGAGCAGAAACAAGACGCCUUCAUUUCGCUUCCUGUCGAUAUAGACACCCGCGCGACUGAGGAUGCCUUGGGGAUCCAGUUCAGGAGCCCCGAGGAAAUGGUUGCCGACUUGGUCACUUACGUUGUUGGUCUGCCGGAUUGACCGACGAGUUGAGUGCCAGCCACAUCUUGAGAGGUUCCAGGUUGCCGCAGGGAAAAGGAAAGAUGACGCGGUGCCAUGCCUUUUUUUUUUUUUUUUUUUUUUUUU